CAGGCAUUUGGAACUGGGCCUUGCAGUGUGGGAUCUCAGCUCAGACGUUCCCCGGUUUGUAGUUAGAAAGCUGAGUUACUGUUUUAAUAGAUGUAGCACACCGUCCCGACGGGUCAAGAAGAAAGCCGAAGACGGGCUGGUGCCUGCGGUCGGGGUCGAGAAAAAGCAGGCAAGAUGCGACCUGACGUGGGUCCGCCUUUCUCCACCCGUGGCAAACCCGACAGUCGCACUAUUGCUUUCACAAUCGCCCUCUGCAAGAAGAGCUACUUAUUGACCGUGAGCGAACAUGCGUGGGAAGCACGAUGUCCUCUGUGCGCUCAGUUGUUUACCCAGCGUCCGGAGGAGGCACACCCGCAGGACUCGCGAGCCUCGGCCCCGGCCUCCCAGCUCGCCCAGGCCACGACGCUGGCUCUGCGGGCUCUCGGUGCCCAGCGCAAAUCCCCAGGGCUAAUUCGCAAGGACCGAGACGCAGCACUGCCAGAAGGCAGCCCCCGCCCGCGCAGCCGGGUCCUCACUGUCCGAGGCUGUUAGCACAGAGCUUCGCCGGCCUGGGAGAAGCGGGACGCUGGGGAUGGCCUCGCAGCGCCCUGUGGGCGUCGGCAUUAGUCUCCAGGCAGCCAGGGCUCCUUGGGCGAUCUCCCCGGGUGGAGGAGAGGAGUUUCCGGGGCUCGGGUCCCGGUCGCCUUCCAGGGGAAAGAGCGCGAAAGCAAGUGGGCGGCGAGAGGCGGAGCGAGGGACGCGGGGGGCGUGGACGCAGCCGGCUUUGGAAAGGCCCCAAGUUAAUGAGGCGUGCGCCGGCUGCCGAGCGCCUCUCGGAGCUGGGCUUUCCCCCGCGGUGCGGGCGCCAGGAGCCGCCUUUUCCGCUGGGUGUCACUCGGGGGUGGGGAAGAUGGCCCAUUCAAAAGCGCCGCGAGGGGGCCAAGCCAGUGCCCUUCAGUGAGCGCUCGCAAGAAGACGGCAGAGGCCCGGCGGCUCGCAGCUUCGGGACCUUGUGGCGCAUCAGGACGCGGCUGUCCCUCUGCCGGGACCCAGAGCCGCCGCCGUCUCUCUGCCUCCUGCGAGUUAGCUUCCUCUGCGCGCUCCGGGCAGGCGGCCGUGGGAGCCGCUGGGGCGAGGACGGCGCACGGCUGCUGCUGCUGCCCCCGGCCCGAGCGGCUGGAAGCGGAGAGGCCGAGCCUAACGGCGGCCCCGCUUAUGCUGGGAGGAUGCUGGAGAGCAGCGGCUGCAAGGCGCUGAAGGAGGGCGUGCUGGAGAAACGCAGCGACGGGUUGUUGCAGCUCUGGAAGAAGAAGUGCUGCAUUCUCACCGAGGAGGGGCUGCUGCUCAUUCCGCCCAAGCAGCUGCAGCAGCAGCAGCAGCAACAGCAGCAACAGCAGCAACAGCAACAGCAGCAGCAGCAACAGCAGCAACAGUCCGGGCAGGGGCCGGCGGAGCCGUCCCAACCCAGCGGCCCCGCUGUCACCGCCCUCGAGCCGCCGGUCAAGCUCAAGGAAUUGCACUUCUCCAACAUGAAGACCGUGGACUGUGUGGAGCGCAAGGGCAAGUACAUGUACUUCACUGUGGUGAUGGCAGAGGGCAAGGAGAUCGACUUUCGGUGCCCGCAAGACCAGGGCUGGAACGCGGAGAUUACGCUGCAGAUGGUGCAGUACAAGAAUCGUCAGGCUAUCCUGGCGGUGAAGUCCACGCGGCAAAAGCAGCAGCACCUGGUCCAGCAGCAGCCCCCACUGGAGCAGCAGCCGCAGCUCCAGCCUCAGCCCCAGCCCCAGCCCCAACCCCAACCCCAGCCUCAGCCCCAGCCCCAGCCCCAGCCCCAGUCACAGCCCCAGCCUCAGCCCCAACCCAAGCCUCAGCCCCAGCAGCCCCACGCGUAUCCGCAUCCACAUCCACAUCCGCACGCUCAUCCGCAUCCGUAUCCACACACUCACCCGCACCCGCACCCGCAUCCGCAUCCGCGCCAGAUACCGCACCCGCAGCCGCACUCGCUGCCGCACGGACACCGGCUUCUCCGCAGCACCUCCAACUCCGCCUGAAGAGGGCAGCUCCCGGGCCAGACAAGGUUUUGAGGACUUGAGGAAGUGGGACGAACACAUUCCUAUUGUCUUCACUUGGAUCAAAAACAAAACGGUCUCCCCGCCCCGCACCAGAUCAAGUAGUUUGGACAUUACCCUACUGAAAACUUGCGAUUCUUCUUAGUUUUCUACGAUGCAGGAAACAACUUCAAGUCAAGAAGACUUUAUUUAUGAACCUUUGAAAGGAUCUUCUAGCACGGUGAAUUUUGUAGGAGGGAUGAUGUACUGUAAUUUUAUUUUAAUGUAUUUUGAUUUAUGGUUAUUUAUUAGUUUUUUAAAAAUGCUUGUUCUAAGACAUUUCUGAAUGUAGGCCAUUUGUCAAAAAGGAAACAUUAUUUUCGAAAACCUAUUCCGUAGUAAGUUCUAAUCUCGGAAAAUAAAAAAGGGCGGUGGAGGGAAAAACAUUAAGGAUCUAUUCAUUAUUCCUAUAGUAUUUUCAGAAGGUCUGACACUUUUCAUUGUUAUGCCAGAUGGUUGAAAUUAAACUCUGAUACUACUUUUUUUGAGGUUUUUUUUUCCGUACACAUAGAGUUUGUAUAGAAGUUUUAAAAAGCUAAAAGUUCAAAAUGUGUAAUUAUGAAAAUCUAACGUUCGAGAUAGUUUCUAAAAGGAAAUCAGUAGUAAGGAUACCUGAUUUCAAAAUACUUAAAACAUAACCUAACUGAUGGUAGGAUGAUUAUAUCUUGAAUAUGUGGUAGGAUCACAUCUACUGUAGGAAAACCUAGCUUAUAUCAUCUGUGUGUAAAGGGCUUAAUAAGGAAACGAGGCCUUUUGACUGAUUUAUGAGUAUAGGUACGUUUGCUGUUUUAUUUCAAAAGUGUUGUGGAGGAAAAGAGUAGAUUUAACUUGUGUAGGAGAAUAUUUGUGCUCCCGUCCAGGCUGGGGGACCUUUCUCUGAGAGCUUUGCACACUUGACUUGAACCACAUUUUUUGAUCCCUUUACUUUGUUUUAGAAACACACUGAAAAAUCUCAUUGUUUAAAUUACAAUUUGUAGAUAUUUCAAAGGUCUAGGAGUCAUAAGUUUUUGUUUUCAUACGGAAGAUGAUGUAGAUCAGAGAAACCAACUGUUUUGCUUUUCAUUGCUUGGUGAGAAAUGUGAGGAUUCUGUUUUGUUGUUAGGUUAGUUAAACUCAGAGAUUGAAAAGGAAAAGACUGGAUAAACACAGGAUUUUCAGUAAGAAAACAACCCCAGUCUUGUCUUAGAAGCCACUUGUUGAGGAGUCCGGGGGAAAAAAAGAGGAUGUGCUUUUAAAGGUAGAACAAACCUUCUUCUGUGUUAAAUCAAAAGGAUGGUCAAAAUCCACCAGGGCAGAUGCUACAUAAGUUUAAAUGGAGCCAUAGAUGAUAUCAAGUCCUCUUGGGGCUGAAAAGCACUUCCUAUCUGCAUGACUUUACUAACUGGUUUUUGUUUUCCAUUAUCUUUUUCACAGAAAGUCUUGGUCAGUACUUUUCCGGCAUUUAAAUGGAAAUGGUCAGUAUUAGACCACUGCUAGGUUAUGUAGUCAAGAAAUAAAAAGCAGAAUUGUAUUCUACACAUGUCUUUAUUCUCCUUUCAUCUAGAAAGGAAUUCCAAGGUCAAAUUACUUUUUAGUGCAAUAAAUGAUGACAUUUUGAGAUCGUAAUUCUUAUCCAAAAAGUUGCAGGGAAAAUUAAAGCAAAUGGCAAACAAAACUUAAGUGGACCCCCACUUCCAGUAGUUGUGCAGGUUGUAGUUAUGAAAAAAAAAAGCUGCCAACAUUCAAAAACUCAUUUCAUAUGUAUAUAUGUAUACACAUAUAUGAAUAUGUAUGUAUAUAUGUAUACAUUUGAGAGCAUGUAUGUGCAUAUAUACACAUAUAUAUGUAUGCAUAUAUGAAUACAUAUAUAAGUAUGUAUAUAGGAAUACAUAUAUGAAUAUGUGUAUAUGUACAUGUAUGUAUAUAUGUAUAUGAAAUGAGAGCCAGAUCUAAAAAUUUCACAAAUCAAGUUUGGUUCAGCUUCCUUAGGACUACAGGUGUACUUUUUGAGGAAUGCCUCAUGGUACUCCUUUUAAUACAUGCAAAUCAUCAUAACUCCAAAUGAACCACGGUUUUUUCCCAACGGAGAAUUUAUCUUUUAAAUUCUUGUAUGAAAAAAAAUCCAUACCAAAUACCUUAUAAAUUAAGAUUGAUAUAGGUUUUAAAAAGGGCAUUUGUAUGUUAGCUUACAUAUAGGGCUAGGUAAUUUCAUUGUUUCAAAAAAUAUGCCCAGGCUACCUCUUGGUGGCUAGAUUUUUUUUCCCCCAUUGUGGCUAUGGUUCUUGAUAGGGCCACCAGAAUCACGGUAUCUUGUCUUUCUAUAGCCCUUGUUCCUUAGUCUGUUGUGAUAUUUAUGUUGACUUGACCUUUAUGACUUUCUAGUCUGAACCCCUCUUAGCAUUUAACUGUGAAAUCUAAGAAAUUAGAGAGUAGAAUGACUUUUAUUAUAUUGACACCUUUGAAAUCAUUAUUAAUAAUUUUUCCAGAGCAAAAAAGCAAACACACUCAAUAAGACUAAACAAAACAAAAUAUAAAUACAUAUCAUGUAAUGUUUCAGUGGCUCUAUUCUACCUGUAAGAAAUGGUACAAACCACCUAAGGUAUUUUGAAGCCUGACAAAUAAGCUUCAUGAAAAAAGGUAAAAAAUGUCUUUUUCAACCCAAGGAAGAGGAGACCGAAAGGGCAGAUCCACUCCUUAAAUAAAAGUAAAAUGUAAAACGUUGGAAAAUUAAGAGUCAUGCUUCAUCUGGAAACUGAACUUUUGUCCUUGAACUUGUGUUGGCACCAAGCCUCAUACACAGUGAGCUCAAUAACUAUUUGUUGGGACAAAGGAAGGACAAAAUGUGUCACUCCUCAGCAUCUGGGAGGUGCUGUCUCUUGCCUCACUGAGUGCUUCUUCUCUUUGCUCUCAUGUCAUUCCCUGAGAACAGUUAAUUCUGGGACAGGCUAAACAUGAUGAGCUUCUUAAACAGACUUUCUUAGUGGAAAUCCAUUUAGAUCUAUAGAUGCUCUAUGGGCAGUGCUGACGUCAGAGAGUAAAUAUCUAUCAGGGGCCCUUUUAAAAUGAACAUUUUCCUCAUUGAACAAGCUGGGAUCCUGUACUCAUGUAGAAAUCAAGGCAGCUUUAUAAUUUCACUUCAAAAGUUUAUGUUUUUGUCUCCAAUGGUGGUAAAAAUAAAAAACGCACAUUACUUAAGGAGUCUCGCUCUCAUGUAAACACUAUUAGGAAGUCUGGAUUAAGUUGAAAGUCCUGCUUUAACUCCGUUUUUGCUCUCAUCUACCAAACACUUUGUAUGUCUCGUAAAGAAGCCCUUACUCUUAAGAGAAAGCCCUCAUUUUAAAUCUGACACUAAAGUUUGCUACAAGUGUAUGAGUUCAACCACAUCCCUUGUUUUCUGUCCCUAGGAAACAAGUCAUGUGGUUUUAGCAUGGCUCCAAUGUUAACAAUAUUAUAUGCAGUAGCAGGCUUAGAAGAGUGGACUAAGACUGGAACCUGGAGCGAUCCCAUAGCACAGAAUCCUAUAAAGAUAGAUCUGUGAGCAUCUGUUUUCCUUUUGUGUGUCAAACUCAUUGGUUUUUGCUUUGCCAAUAAAAUAUCCUAAGCAGAAUACAUUUUAAAUAAGAAAAUUAUAGAUCUUGGUAUUGAAUCCAUCAGUGAUUCAAGAGAUACACCUAUUUGCCUAAAACAACCUAAGAUGUAUUAGUUAUGGAAUUAUGCUGGCUAGGUUCUUAAGGCCUAUUUCCUGAAUUCUUGACACAGUUUUCAAAGAUGGCUUUUUGAUUUGCACGGUUGAGCAGCCAAUCCAGAUUUACCUAAGAUUGGGUGAAAAAAAGUGAUUUGUGACUUCGUUGGCAGGGCAUUUGCUAAAUGGAGUAUAGGAUCUAACAGGGUUUUCUUAGAAAGGGCAAUAUUGUCCAAUGAAGGAAACAGGAGGACUCUGGGUUAGAAGCAUCUGCAUAAAAGCUGGUGAGACUUAACUCUCCACUGCUCUGCAGCUGGUCGGCUGAUGGCAGGCUGAGCAGUGGGGAAGCAGGUUUUAACAAUAGGUAAUCCGUCCAGGUCACUGUAUGUUGAGAAGAAACAUAAAACUGUUGUCUGUUACAUUCCGAGGUCAGUCUUCUGCUUAACGUUUCAUAGUAUACAAAUGCCAGUUUCUGGAAAGCAAGUAUCACCAUGUACCAGAUGCUUUAUACACCAUCACAUUCAUGAAUUUAUUAGCAUGGUCAGAACUUGUGUAAAUAUAUCUCUUAGAGGAUUUUGGGGAGAUGUGAUUUAUUUUUCAUAUUUUCAAAAUGCAUUCCAUUUCAAAUAAAGUAUCUAUUGAGACAACUGA